AUGAUUUUCUAUCUUACAGUUUGUCUAUGGGCGUAAAAAUUGGGGCUAAUACUGCGCCGUUAACUAGAUUUGAAUUAAAAAAGAAUUAAUUUUUCUACACAUUUUUGUUUAUACGUUAUUUUAGUGAUUUGUGAAGUAGUUCAUACUUAUUUAAUUCAUAUAACUUGUUCUAUACUCACAAAAUAAUGUAUGAUCAAUUAAAUGUUUGGUAAAGAUCUUACGGUUCGACGUAAAGGUGUAAUUCCAAUUAAAUUUCUUUCGGUUAUGUUUAUAAUAUAUUUUAUUGUGGAUAUAAUUAACGUUUUAUAAUUAUGGAAAAAUCUAUGGAUGUAUUUACAUGGAUUUAUCAAUUAGAAUGUCCACCUACAAUAUUCAACGAUUCAGUAAAACAAAUGUUGUACUCAGGCCUUGCUGGAUUGAUGUGGGAUGAUUUAGCUGAGGUUAUAUUUAGUGCUAAAGAAGCAAAAACAAUAAGAAAAAAUGUCUUAUUAUAUCAUUUAAAACAGAAAACAUCUAAUAAAGCUGUUCAAUGUAUGAAAAAUUUAUUAGAAUUAAAAUCAGAAAAAAAUAAUUUAAGGGAUCAAAUAUCUAAGUUAGAGGAAGAAUAUGAACAACAAGAUUUUAGAGUUAGGCAAAAAGUCCAAAAACUAAGAGAUAUUUCAUCUAAGCGUUCUGUCAUAAGAGCAAGAAGAGAUUUACUUCAGAUGAAAUAUGAUCAAACUAAUACACAACUUCAUGAUUGUAAUAAUAUGAGAUUAGUUUGUCAACAUUUAAUGCCACAAACUUGCAAAGAUUUAGAUCAUAAAGUACUAAUGGAAAUGUCAGAUGUAGUGACAAGUCUUUGGACCGGAGCAAAUAAAAGACAAGUGUGGGAUAUAGUAUCAAGUAAUCUUAGUCACAUUGAAGUAUCUACAUUAUGGCAUUAUUUAUAUCAAAGCUUAACUGAAGAUCUGGAUAUAUUAAUUAAAUCAGAAAAUAUGAAAUCUGUGGAGCCAAAUGGAAAACACAUAAAUAUUGGUAUUGCUAAAACAUAUGGACAGCAUAUUUCCAUAGUCUCCAAACGAUUAUUAUAUAAUGCAAGAACAAGUAAUCAUCAACAAAAUGUUUUGGAAUAUAUAGAAAAGAUUGAGACAGCUUCAAAUAAUUCUUCAGAUAUAAGUGAGUGGUUAGCAUUAGCAUUAGAAGUGCACAAAUUAGAAAGUGAGCAAAGAAGUUUACAAAGAGAAAUUGAUAAAAUUCGGGAUGAUUUAUAUGAAAGUAACACAUUUGCAUUUGACCUAACACAACUAGUUCUAGAAAUUCAAAAUACUAGUGCUGAAAUUGCAACAUGUAUACAAGAUAUACAGCAAUCGUUAAACCUUUUGAAAUCUGCACCAAUGUUUCUCAUGAAAACAGAAGAAAAAAUAAAUGCGGAGUUACAAAAAAUAAUAACAAUGCGAAAUGAUGGUUAUGACUGUACAAUGUUAAAAAAUGAUUUAUCUACUGAAUUGGAUAUAUUUCAUAAUGUUUUAGAUCUUAAUGCUUUAAAGAAAGUCAUGUUAAAAGGAGAAAUUGGAAUUUACAGGCAUACGAAAAGUUGUUUCAGUGAAGCAUCUGUUUCAAUUACUAACUCCCAAAUUUCAAAUCUUGCGUCAUAUUUUCCAUUGAUUCAAAUUCCUAUAUAUUCUUUAAUAGAAUGUUAUAAAAAUCUAAUUUCAAUGUUCAUGUAUAAAAAAUUAGAAUCCUUAGAAACUGAAGAAUAUCUAAAUGCAUUUCAUUUACCCCCAAUAACAUAUGAGGAGAAUAAUUAUAAUACAGUGGAACUUUUGAAAUUAUCACAAAAUAUUAAUACGCAAACGAGGACAGAAAUUGAUGAAUUUAAUGAAAUCUUAAAUGAUUGGGUGAAUCAACCGGUUCAAAAAGUAAUGGAAGUUAUUGAAAAAGUUGUAGAUGGUGCAACUUUCCCAGAGUGGAUCGAAUUUUAUGAUUUAUUAUUAUAUAGGUUACAAAAUCCUACAUAGUUAUGUGUAUAAAUGUAUUUUAUUUCUUAUAAUCCAAAAUUUUUAUGACAUAGAACUACAUAUGUAUAAUAGAAUAAUUUAUAUAUUUUGUUAUUAAAUUUUGUAAUAUUAAAAAUAUAGUUAUUAUUUACUGGGUUGGCAACUAUGUGAUUUUAAAUAAGAAGGAAAAUUCAAAAUUUUUGAUUAAAAAUAUAACUUUAUUCAAUUAGG